AUGCCAGACCCAAUUACUUGUCACGUACUUGAUACAAACAGAGGUAAACCUGCUGAAUCCGUUAUUGCUCAGCUUUACAAUAUCUCCUCUACAACCAAUCACGAAAAUGUUAAGCCAUUUGCAUUAUCCAAAACCAACUCCGAUGGAAGAAUCACUACAUGGAGCUUCGAUCCCGAUGUGGAUUACGAAAGCACUGGUGUUGUAAAUAAUAAAUGGGAAAAGUUGGUCCCGGGACAAUACAAAAUCAAAUUUUUGACUAGUAAAUACUUCAAGGCAAUUGGAGGUGAAACAUUUUUUCCAUUUGUAGAGAUUGCUUUUGAGGUUACUAAUAACUCUGAACAUUACCAUAUUCCUUUAUUGUUGAGCAAUUUCAGUUACACUACUUAUAGAGGAAGCUAG